AUGGCAGAGUUCAAUGUCGGGAGCGUUCUGGUGACUGGAUCCAAUCGCGGAAUCAGCCUGGGACUCGUGAAGCGAUUUCUAGAGCUACCAAAUCAACCAGAAUGGAUCUUUGCCACCACCAGGGAACCGGAUGGAUCCCAAAUCCAGGAGGUAAUGGAGCUGACAUUGAAGCAUCCAAACCUGGUGGUGCUGCAGCUGGAUGUCACAGAUCCAAACAGCAUAAAGGCAGCUGCACAGAGCGUGGAGGAGCAUGUGCAAGGACAUGGACUGAAUCUCCUGAUAAACAAUGCUGGCAUCACACGGAUGACCACCAUGGAGAAUGAGAAUGCUGAGACCAUGGCAAUUGUAUACCUAACUAACACAGUUGGGCCCCUGCUGGUGAGCCAGGAGUUCCUGCCGUUGCUGAAGAAGGCUGCCCAGCAGAGUACCCAGACAGGGCUGAGCUGCAGCAAGGCCGCCAUUCUCAACAUGUCCAGCACGGCUGGUUCCAUAGCACUUGUUACAUCAUGGGAAUUGCUGCAAGAACCCAGCUACCGCUGCAGCAAGGCUGCUCUGAACAUGCUCACCAAGUGCCAGUCCUUGGAGUACAAAGACUAUGGGAUUCUGUGCACUUCUAUCCACCCUGGCUGGGUGAAAACCGGAAUGGGAACGGCCGCCACCACUACCCCACCACUGACCGUGGACUCUGAGGAUGGGAUA